AUGAUUGCGCUAGCACUAUUAUACUCGGCCUUGCGGCAGGUUCACUCCCCUUCUUCUGAUCCCAAUCUUCCUCCACCUCAUUGGUUGAUAGAAGCCCCCAGUGUACUCCAUAACCCUCGAUCACCUGAUUCCGCGAUCGAUGCUCUCAUACAAUCUCGUCGUGGCCUAGUGGACUAUUCCACAAUGUGUUCGUUUAUAUUACUGGCCCAAGUAUGUUCGUCGUGGAUCAUUGAGACACGCUAUCGCGGACGUCCUAGCGUCCCUGAGGGAGAGCGGGGCUCUGUUCCUCGUAGUGAAAUGCGUAGAACAUGGCUUUACGUGCUCUUCACUUUCGUCAUGACCAUGUUGGCCAUGACUGUUCGAUACCUUUUUGCGCUGGUGGAGAUUCCUAUAUGGCGAAAUAUUAGCUAUCUCGAUAUUGCCAUCGGCUCGUUGUUCUACCAACUUUGCUUAUAUAGCGCCCUUCGCCUAGCGCAUGGUGGGUUCACGCUAGGUGAAUUGGCCCUUGUCUGCUUUGGCGGGCUGUCCUUGGCUACGGAGCUGCUGGGAUUGACUAGAGCGAGGAUAUGGCCGAAAACAGCACCAUUCAUCGAGACCUACCGCCUGCCAACACCCCUGUUGAUUUUCCAGAUUGCGCUGAUCGCAGGUUCUUUCAUUACUGGCUUCCUACUUUCUCCUCUUCUCGCCCUAUCACGGCAUAUCGCGCAACGACCGGUGAGGCGUCUUCGACUUCCACAGGAGAAGCAACAGCAUCGACGAGCUCUUGCCGCGGGUUUUUACAUUGGAACGAUAAUCAUUGUCGUUGGUCUUAUUGGUUGGUGGACGUGGUGGAACCUCGGACGUAGAAAUCCGUGGUUUUGGGCUAUCCUUUGGCUUCUUGAGGGGCGUAAGAAGUGGAGUCGGCCCAUGCUUCUUGCCUACUGGGGCCUUCUCGGAAGCAUCAGCGUUGCCGGAUGGAACCGACAGCUAUCGAGGUCAAGGCGGUACAGACAUAGAAACACGAGUGGGGGUACGCAAGAUAAUGUGAUCGUUCCAUUUGCUGUGAACUCGAAUCAGAAACCACAAACGGAGAUAUCUUCACCCACUCCCACCACUACACUUGGGCUUACAUUCCCCAACUUGGCUAAUCUCUCUAAUCUGUCCAAUGGUUCGCAAGUCGCCACAGAAUUAUUGGAUGCCGCGGAUAAGCACGUUCCUACACUCGGUAUCAACGCGAGGCGCAAGUUCUUCCACGCGUUGGCAGUUGUUAUGUUUCUACCUGGUGUGGCUGUUGACCCUGCAUUCACUCACUUGUCCUUCAGUGCAGCAUUUGCGCUCUUCAUCUUUGCAGAGUAUGUUAGAUACUUCGCCAUUUAUCCUUUUGGUGCGGCUGUGCACCUGUUCAUGAACGAGUUCCUUGAGCAAAAGGACAGUGGAACUGCCAUCCUCAGUCACUUUUAUCUGCUUACUGGUUGCGCGGGCCCAUUGUGGCUUGAAGACCCAUCGCAGUUGCUGCAAUACACCGGUAUCCUCGCUUUGGGUAUUGGCGAUGCUCUGGCAUCUAUUAUUGGGAAACGUGUUGGUCGGCACCGUUGGUCUUCAUCGUCCUCUAAAACCCUAGAAGGUAGUGCUGCAUUUGUGAUGUCCCUCGUGGGUUGCGCGUGGCUUUUGAGACUUUGCGGACUUACGGAAGAAUUUUCGAAAAAGAAUGUAAACAAAAAUGGAAGGCCUACCUGGUGCCUGACGUCAAAUGAGGCACGGGGUUGUGUUGGUGGGGCGCUUAGUAAGCAUGCCAAUAACCCUUCUUCGAUGAAGGCGACCGACUUCACAAAGAUUCCUCUCUACUCUACCAUCACCACCGACGGCACUGGGCAUUUUGUCCUCAACCUCCCUACUGGUGCUGUAGAUACACUGCAUUCGUACUGCAUAAACACUUCGGACUACUACCAUGCAAUCCUCGACAAUAGCAGAUACAGCUCUAGAUUCACUUCCAUCGUCUCUAUCUCUCGCAAAGCCUUUUUCUUUGCCACCAACGUUUCAAAUGCCCAUUCCACGUUUGCCCAAGCGACUGCCUCUAUGGCAGAGGGCACUCAAUCAUACCUACCCCCUGCGCCCCAGGUGGCAUGUUUACACGAUAGUCACAUCCCCAGGAGCCUGGAUCCUCGUUUUUCUUCAAAGGAUGUAGAUGAUACUCGAGACACCGAUGCUUUAUCCAUGAAGUCAUUCGAAGUACGCACUGCAGACUUGGCUCCAUCUGGUAGUCCUUAUGAAACACUUGCGGCCGCGGCAAGUACUCUUUGUGCUACCCGACCCGACAUCGAUGCAGCCGAGCACGACUGGGCUACCUUCAUGACUGCAUACGCAUUGGGUCAGUGGCACCCUCAUCAAACGCCUCGUCAUCCGCGUUCAAUGAUGUCAACUCUUAUCAUGCGAGAGAGUUCUCCGCGAGACAAUUUUGCGUUGAGACAUGAUCCUGCACCGAUCAUAAUCGAAUCACGGCAGCAUUCGCCCCCUGUAUCACCUGCUUACCACACUUUUAUUUCUUCCUCGGUUUCCAAUUGCAGUAGCAAUGAGACAGAGUUCAAGCCCGCUGCAGAGAAAGCGGUGAUGGUCUCUGAUUUUCCCUCAUUCAUCUAUCCUGACAAACUAUUGUCAAAGAUUACACCAAAGUCAUCGUCGCUUAGUGGCCGCAGGUUCCGCAAGUCAUUCACAGAUCUGCGACACGCAACAGGAGGGCAGCCAAUGCAUCUCCCUUUAGAUGGGACACAAAGUUUUAGCAUUAGUCCGGAGGCAACUGCUGCGGCUGCAACCAUGCGAUGGGCAGCAGCACGCGUUAAUUUGUCUCCUCUUGCGUUGCCCUCUCCUGAGCAUGAGCUAACAGAUCCAAUGCGAGGUGUACAUGCAGCAAUACCAGGAUCACAUCCGGCUACCAGUAGUCCCCCUGCCCAUCCGACAACGCCCGGCAUGUCUCGCAUCCGCGCAGGCAGCUUCUGGGAGGGCACACAAGAUGUGGAAGAUGAAUCAACGGUGCCCACCCUACCCGGAUCAUUACCCAGAACACCCCUGCGCAACAUAGCUGAGGGAGAGUUAUAUGUGUCUCUUCCCCCGCCAGCAUCUGUUCCAUUGCAGCGUAAUUAUUCACCUGAGCCGACAGAGGAAGGCGAUUACUUCACCGCAGUCAGUACAUCCGCUUCAGAGCCAUUUCCCAUGACCCCCGACCCCGCUCAACUUUGGCAGGACAACGGCAGAGAUCGUGGCUUACCAGGCGGAAGAUCAGUAUGCGACUCCGUCAAUAGCUUUCGUGCUGGUCGGUCUGCGAAGGAGGAGCAGAUGUUCCUAGAUCUUGGCUAUUUAGCGCCGCCGAACCCUCCGGACGAGCUCGAGCGAAGGCGCGCUCUAUACAAGUUUAACCUCUGGAACACCGGGCCCGACAUCAACUUCGAUCGCAUUGCACAUCUGGUCAAACUUGUGUUCAACACGAAAUGCGUUUACAUAUCCCUCAUCGAUGGCACAGAUCAGUGGGAUGACUCUAAAGCGCAGUGCAAGAUUGACGUCCUUCUGUGCACACGCUAUAUUGCAAAGAACUUCAAUCUUACUGUCCGCAGGGGUGAUGAACCAACUGUUAUCCUGGACACGAAGUUAGAUUGGCGGUUUGCUAAGAAUCCUCUGGUUACCGGAUUUCCAAACGUUCGCUUUUAUGCUGCGGCUCCUUUGAGAACCUCCGAUGGAUUCAACAUUGGCAGUCUUUCUUUGAUAGACGAUUCACCCCGGCAGGAUUUCGCCCCGCGUCAACGACACACUCUGAAGGAAUUUGCGGCUGUUGUGAUGCGUGAGAUGGAAUUGUGGCGUGAUAAAAUCCAACUGCGCAUACGAGACAAAAUCCAGACCUCCAUGGAGCAAUUUAGUCGAGAGUGCCUUGAGAUCGACCAGAAAGAUGCAAAUAUGGAUGACGACCCUUACGCUAACGCAUCCAUGGACAGAGUGUAUGAUCGUGCAGCCAGACUUGUGAAGCGCACUUUAGAUGUCGAGGAGGUGGUGGUAAUGGAUGUUUCACACUGCGAAGUACUGGAGACUCUCAGUGCCGAAGCAACGAUAUCUGUUGUCAUGCAUCGCGGGGAUCCACAACCCCGAUCAACAUCUCGCACACUGACAGCUGAUGAAUACCACAAGCUAAACGUGUUCUUUGAUCAAUACCCUGACGGCAAAAUAUCUGAAGGCAUUUUACCAGUCUGCUUCCGUCCCUUCAUCCCAACGCACAUACAGUAUGCACUCACUGUUCCUGUUUUCAAUAUCGACAAAAGGCCAUUUGCCUUGAUUUGUGCUUACAAUGCCACUGAUUCAUCGCGGCGAUUUAUUCUCGCUGCGGCUGAAUUACUUUCCGAUACAUCGUUAAGCCAUAGCCAGACUUCAUUCCUGCACACCGUCCAGGCGUGCGGGACAUCACUUGUUGAAACGGUGAACCACGUUCUCGACUUUACGAAACUUAGCGGCAAUAUGAAAUCAGGUGGCGUGGACAAUGCCAUUACGAGAAGCAUUGUGGAUCUCGAGCAACUUGUUGAAGAGGCAAUCGACGGAUCGUGGAUUGGAUAUUGUGCUCGUACAUCUGCCAUUCGCGAGUCGGAAAUCGGGAGUGUUUAUGCUCCAGCACUGGAGCAACGAUCCUCGAGUGUCAUGGCUGCUCCAGCCUCUUCGAAGCAUGUGGAGAUUAUUGUCGAUAUCGACCGACGAGAAGGCGGAUGGAUUCUGAAGUGCGAUAAAGGUGGUAUUCGAAGGGUGUUGAUGAAUCUUUUUGGAAACAGCCUGAAGUUCACGACCGAUGGUUACGUUCACGUAUCUUUACGCCAAGUAUCUGCGCCAAAUGAAGAGCCUAGCAUGGUGGAGUUAUGUGUCAGUGAUACGGGAAAGAAUCACUUGUUCCAUCCUUUUUCUCAAGAGAACCCUCUACAAGCUGGGACAGGUUUAGGCCUUGCGAUUGUCAACAGCAUCGUCCAGUCUCCAAGCGUGGGCGGGAAAGUGGAAGUAUCCAGCGAAGAAAACGUUGGUACUGAUAUCAAGAUCACCUUCCAAGCAGAAUCUUUGGAAGAUGGCGCAAGUGCUCUUCAAACUCCUUUCAUGUUUGAUAGUGCUAUCCCCACCGUCACCUUCCUCGGGUUCAAGCAGAAGAGCAAAGGUGUUCAGAUGCUCAGUGAUGUACUUCGCAAGUACCUCCAGGACUGGUGGGGAUUCAGAGUGCAGACUGACGGAGGUGAGUUGAGCGACAUCGUGAUCAUAAACGAAGACUCGUCACCUGUUGUUACCGCUCUUGAGAAAAUGGACUACCGUCGGUCGUUCAUCAUCUUGUCUUCAAGUAGAGGUAGCCCGAGGGCCAUGGGGAUUUGCAGUUCUUACGAGAGCCUUGGUGGUUUCUGUCGCAUUGUUCACAAACCAGGAGGGCCUUUCCGAUUGCGCGCUGCGCUGAAACAACUACUUCGAGCCAGGCAAAGACGUCAACAACGUCUGCCAAGCUUUGCCAGCUCAGUGACCGGGAUCUCAGAUGAUAGCAUCUCUCUGCACUCCUGCAUGCUUACAGACGACUUAACGAAUCCAGACCGGCAUCGCCGAACGAGCAUUGACUGGGGUUCACACAGUCGCUCAGCUCUCGCAUUUCCUAACUCCCCACCUGAAAUGCCUGCAUCGCCGGAUGUCGAGGAAGCGUCAUCUUCUCCGGAGAACACUGAGUCUGACAGCACAUCCUCGAGCACGUCGAAUUCAACAGUAACCAUCGGUACGGACGGAAUACUCUUGGAGUCAUCAAUCCGGACACUGGAUUUGAAUCGCCCUCGUCCGAAAAUUUUGGUGGUUGAAGACAACAACAUUUUGCGAAGCUUACUUAUUAAGUGGUUGAUGAAGAAGGGAUUUGAAUAUCGCGAGGCAGUCGAUGGUCGACAAGGAGUCGAAACAUUUGAAUCUGAAGGACCCUUUGACUCAUUACUCGAAUUCAGCGUCGUUCUUCUUGAUCUGUCCAUGCCUAUCCUCGAUGGGCUGGGUGCCACCGUCGAGAUUCGCCAGCUUGAAAAAGUUCGAGAAAGUCGGCAGCCGAGCGUCAUCCUAGCUUUAACUGGGAUGUCAUCCCUCGAAGACAAACGCAGGGCGUUCGAGGCUGGCAUGAGCGGAUACCUUGUCAAGCCCGUAGCAUUCAAAACGCUCGAAGAGAUGUUCCGCAAGAUAGGGCUCUCGUGA